AAAUCCGUGUCAGGAGAAGACAGAUUAACGGUCCACUAUCUUCGUAAUCAAUCGUAGACGAGAAAGUGGCCUACUUUUGGCGUUCGAUGCGGUUCCGCAACACUUCAGUCUGCCAAAGACAGUAGUAUAAAUAUAAAUCGGCAUUUACUUAAAGGCAUCAGUAACUUACCGUUUCUGGCGAAGUUUCCACCAUGAGGUCCUUUCAGAUAUUCAUACUGUGUGCAGCGUUGUGUAUCGUCUCCGCUGAUCCCAUGCCGGAGGAUGAUGACGCAAACAACAAUCGUGUUGUAGGUGGUACCGAUGCUGCCCCUGGUUCAGCCCCGUACCAAGUGUCCCUCCAAGGAUUGUUCGGCCAUUCGUGCGGUGGUUCCAUCAUUGACCGCCAGUGGGUACUGACAGCUGCUCACUGCGUUCAAACCACCAGUCCGAAGCUGCUCAAGGUGCUGGUGGGCACAAAUAAGCUCAAGUCUGGUGGCCAACGGUACGGUGUGGAAAAGUUUUUCAUCCACAGCCGCUACAGCAUUCCAGCGUUCCACAAUGACAUUGCCCUGGUGAAGCUCAAAUCGACACUACAGUACAGUGAUCUCGUACAACCGAUUGUGUACUGGGAACGGGAGGUGCCGGAAAAUGCCACCCUAAGGCUGACUGGCUGGGGACGGCUAUCAGCAAUCGGAUCGAUCCCAGACAAUCUGCAAACGAUUGAUUUGAAGUACGUACCGUACGAGGAAUGUAAGCGGCUGCACGAUAACAGUCCCAACGUGGACAUUGGGCAUGUCUGCACGCUGACGAAGAAGGGAGAGGGUGCAUGUAAUGGCGAUUCCGGUGGACCGCUGGUGUACGAAGGAAAGCUGGUUGGCGUGGUGAACUUUGGUGUACCGUGCGCCAAGGGCUUUCCGGAUGCUUAUGCCCGGGUGUCAUACUAUCACGAUUGGAUUCGAACGACGAUGGCUAAUAACUCGUAGGCUUUCUUGGUGAAUGUUUCGGUUACAUCCAAUAAACACUUCACACUAUCACCACAACGAGUUGGGAGUUAAAAUCAAACUCAGGGGUAAUGUUUUAAGCUUCCGCCAGCAAUAUAUCAGUGGAUCAGCGUACUUAGUUAUUGUCUGAGCCCUUGUGAAAGGGGGGUUUAAGACCUUCCUCAAUAUCUCCAUCAGCCCCCUUUGCCAUUAAAACCUAAUCAUGGCUGUCCCACGGUGAGGAAGACGCAGAUUAACACCCUAUUAUCUCCACUAUCAAUCGUAGACGAGCAAGAGCACUGGACUCUGUCCGUUCGAUGAGGUGGUUUAAGCAUAGUUCACCUGCAACUAGUAUAAAUGCAAACCGUCGUUGCACAAAACUGGCAUUAGUUACAUACCACCGGUUCCGUUGAAGCUUUCAUCAUGAGGUCCUUCCAGAUAUUCAUACUGUGCGUCACGUUGUGCAUCACCAUCUCCGCUCAUCCUACAACCGAGGACGAGGAAGUACAGCAUCGUGUUGUUGGUGGUGCCGAUGCAGCGCCAGGUGCCUUCCCGUACCAGGUUUCACUCCAAGGAUUGUUUGGACAUUCGUGUGGAGGUGCAAUCGUUGACCGCCAGUGGGUACUCACAGCAGCGCACUGUGUUCAGUUCUCAGUGCCGAAAGUGAUGAAGGUGCUGGUCGGUACGACGCAACUCAACGCCGGUGGGCAACGGUACGGUGUGGAGAAGUUUUUCUCCCACAGUCGCUACAACCAACCGAAAUUCCACAACGACAUCGCACUGGUGAAGUUAAACGCGACGCUCGAGUACGGUGAGUUCGUGCAACCCAUCGCAUACUCCGAGCGGGAGCUGCCGGAAAAUGCAACGCUUAGGAUGACUGGUUGGGGAUUGCUGUCGACGGUCGGGCCCCUCCCUACCAACCUUCAGACGAUUGAAUUGAAGUACGUACCGUACGAGGAAUGUAGGCGGCUGCUCGAAGGCGACGUUGUCGACAUCGGCCAUUUGUGUACCUUGACGAAGGAAGGCGAAGGUGUUUGUUUUGGUGAUUCUGGUGGACCGCUUGCUUACGAUGGCAAGCUGGUUGGUGUCGCUAACUUUGCCGUCCCAUGCGCCAAAGGUUUCCCGGACGGGUUUGCCCGCGUGUCAUACUAUCACGAUUGGAUUCGAACGACGAUGGCUAACAAUUCAUAGACGACACACGCUACAUAAUUCUUUCGUUCGCAUCGAUUUUAAUUACUCAUCAUUGUGUGUGUGUGUGUGUGUGUGUGUGUGUGUUUGUUGCUUAAAUAAAGACUUCCUACUAUCUUCA